AUGGCCGAGGAACCCAUUGACCUAGGGUCCAUUAAAGAUAGAUAUUUCAUCCCAGAAAUAGACCAGAAACCAUAUGAUAUUUGGAACGAGGUGCUGCAGCCCGGCAGCCACGUCACGCCUGCCGAAGCAGCAAAACGAAUCAACGAACUAUUCCCAGUUCGGAAGCCAGAGGAUACUGAUAAAAGCUAUGCUGAAAAGGCCGAGCAUUUUUUGGAGUACUUUUGGGCACUGUUGAUUCAGGUUGUUCAAUUACUUCCUCACGAACAUCAAGCACAAAAGAAAGUGGUAUUGAUCUUAGAAGAGCUGAGUCGCUUGCCGCCAAUAACGAUAACACGGCUCCAGCUACCAGAAAAACGUGUCUGGACCGACCUACCUUUCCUCGGGGUAUGCAUGAGAGAUGACUGGGCUUCGCCCACUUGGAAGGGUAGCCUCCCGGAUAAGGAUUCUGCACAGCAAUGGAUCAAUCAGAAUUCUUUCGCAGCACGUCUCCUGAACACAGGCCUCGCCCGGUGGCCUAAUUUCGCCGUCUGGGAAGUGCGCGCUGUUCUUGAGGAACCUGCUAUGCAUAGGACGGCUAUGAAUUGCAACGUUGCAACGGCGGCGGAAUGGAUCCUCCACGGUGGGGAGGCGGUGUUCAGUUACAUGAGUAAGGACAUGGAUGAAGACGAGGCCCGUUGGGUGGCAGCCGGGAGUCUAUUCCCAGGCAAGUCUGGAUCGCUCCGCGAGAGAUGGAAGUUCUGGAAGAUUCGCUUCUCUGAGGUCAGCCAGCAGGUCGAUGAGGAUGUUCGGGAACAAGCGAUCCGGGCAGUGGAAAAGAUGGAGAAGCUUGAGCAGGGCGGGACCUAG